GACCUCAGCGCUGUAGCCCCGCCCCCGCUAAGAGAGGCGCUGGUGAAGAUGGUGGUGGGCGCGUUCCCGCUGGCGAAGCUGCUGUAUCUCGGGGUCCGGCAGCUGAGUAAACCCGUGGCUAACCGGAUUAAAGCGGGCGCGCGGCGGAGCGACUUCUUCAAGAACUACAUCUGCCUUCCCCCGGCCCAGGCGUACCACUGGGUCGAGAUGAGGACGAAGAUGAGGAUGAUGGGUUUUAAGGGCUCCACCAUCAAACCCCUGAACGAGGAGGCGGCGGCAGAGCUGGGGGCGGAGCUUCUGGGCGAGGCCAUCGUUUUCCUGAUCGGCGGUGGCUGCAUGGUGCUGGAGUACAGCCGGCAGGCCGCCAACUCCCGCCGUAAAGAGGAGGAGCUGGCGGAGACCCUCAACGGCCUGCAGACCCAGCUGGGGGAGCUGGCCCUCGCCACAGAGACUCUGGACGCUCAGAUCCGAGAGGUCAACCGGCUGCUGCUGUCGCUUCCUGCUGCUCCCAGCAAAUAAUAACUACAUUUAACGGGCGGAGAGAGUGUGCGAAUGUAGGCGAAGAGUGCACUAGUGUACAGGGAAUACUGCCAUGCUUAUGGGAACACAGCCGAGUGGAGGUCCUGCUACGUGUUCUGGUCCUGAGAUUGAGAUCUGGAGAGUCGGGAAUGACCCGGCCGCUGGGGGUUAGUGAGAAAAUGACUGUAAACAGUGUUUAAUUCUAAGUGUACCAUUUGAUGGCUUAGUUUCUUUUCACAGCAUUUCAGAGAAUCACAGUUAAUUCUAUGAUACAGUAGAUUUGGAUGCAUCUAAAUUAAGAUAAACAUGAUUUAGCAAUAAAUUUAGCAUUUGGUUUGGUAUCGGACUAAAUUUAGCUUUUCAUUCAGUGUUUUCAUUUGUUUUUGCAUUGGGGCUACAAGUCGAAACUAAACUUAAUACAUUCUGAACAUUAAUAAUGAUAAUAAUAAUACAUGUGGUGUAUUUGAGUCGCUCUGCAGUUGCACCUCCAAAACACUAGGGGGCAGCGAAAGUAGAAAUAUGAAGGGCUGGAAAAACAUAACAUCUAUCCUGGGUGAUCUGAUAAAAAAAAAAAAUUAUUAUUGGCAAAACUCGUAUACGUACAUAUUUCUGAUCAUAUCAUUUCCACUGGAGGCGGGGCUAGUUGUGCAGGGGGCGGGGCUAGUUACGAUAGGGGCGGGGCUGUAGGCUGGAUUGUUCUUCACAAGCCACGAAUAUCAUUUUUAUCAAUUACUUUUAAUUAGUAUCGUCAUUCUCAGCUAACCCGCACGGACGGUGGACGGUGUGGUAUCGUGAUAAGUAGACUAUGUAUAAUACACUGGUUACACAGAUAAAAGUGGCUCAAAUUCGAUUAAGCUGUUCGCACUAUGAUUUUUUUUUUGUCUGAACAGCUCAUUUUCAUACAUAUGUGUAACGGAGCAAUGCUUCACGUUAAGUUUCACUUUGAUCCAGAAUAAUAAAUCGGAAUCUCAAGAGCUUUGAAGGAGGUCCUCACCGAGAAUUCACUUUAGCUCAGUGAAAAUAACACAUUAUUCUGUAUACAUAUUUUGCCAAUUUAUUAGGAACACUGUGUGGCUGUGUCACAAUACAAGUUUUUGAAUAUUAUGGGAAGAAACAUAUCAAUACAAAUAUUUCUGAGCUCUUUUAUCCUGUUUUUUCCGUGACUGAAACCCUCAAUUACUGCUGUUGUCCAUUUUCCUCCUGUCUAUUCAUAUUCACAUUUAUUUAGUCUUUUUUCUUCAGUUUGAUGUAAAACUGCAUUGCUGUGAAUCGAAUAUGUAUUUAAUUUCAAUACCACAUAUCAAAGUGACCCAAAUCGGAAUAAAAAAUGUCAAAUAUGAUGUAAAACACUGGAUUUGAGCCACAUUUACCUGCUGUGUGAACUGUAUACGCCUUCUGGUCAGAUCAUCCAGGACACAUGUUAUGUAUAUGUAAUUUUUGGACUUCAAUUAAAUAAUAUUUCUCCAAAGCUCCAGUUCUAGAAGCAAUAAAACUGAUUUUUAGGCACCAAACCUAUAUUGGCUGAACUCGCAAAUUGUAUUUUUGGUGAACUAUACCUGUAAUAAUAUAAGGAGAUAACUGAGGGAAGUUCAUGCCUUUAAUCUUGUUCUUAUUGUUGCAUAUCUGGCCAGUUCUCUGUUCACAUUUACACACAUUUUCAGCUUCAGCUUCUCUAGAUAAUCCUCUUAUUACAGUAAUUAUAUUAAUUAGAGCCAAAGUGGGACCUAAAUCUGAUGUGUUCUUUAUUGUGACUGGAGUCAGGAGGCUGUGGUUGAAUUGUUUAUAAGGUCGAUUAAAAAAUUACAGAUUAAAAAACUGUGUUUUCACAGAGUUUUCCUCAGCUGUGCACUGAUUUGAUCCUGUACACAUUGAAAGACCAAAAGUGGCAUGUGCAUACGGAUGUAUAUUGAUUAUUGUAAAAUAAAAUAUUCUAUAUAAUUGA